GAUCAACUCCUACAGUAUACUCUCUCCCCUGCAGCGCAAUCAACCACCAUGUCUACCUUUCCCGCUGAGCCCCGCGACAACAUCGAAUGGGAGAAAGUCGGCGUCUCCUUCUUAGACGUCAACGGACACGUAGAAAGUGACUUCGACUACCAAACCGGAACAUGGUCCGCCCCAAUCUUCGUGGAAGACCAGUACCUGCGCGUCCACGGGCUGGCGCCGGGCCUGAAUUACGGCCAACAGGUGUUUGAGGGAAUGAAAGCCUACCGCACCAAAACCAAUGAGAUUCAAGUCUUCCGUCCCAGCGAACACGCCCGCCGCAUGCAACGCUCCUGCGAGGCCGUCGCCAUCCCCGCCAUUCCCGCCGCCGUGUUCCAGGAGGCGGUUAACCUCGCCGUCGCGCGCAACAGCGAGUUCGUGCCCCCGCACGCCACCGAGGCGGCGCUGUACAUCCGGCCGCUGGCGUUCGGGUCCGGGGGGUGGAUGCCCGUCGCGGCGGGCAUGCAGUACAAGUUCUGCGUUUACGCUAUGCCCUUCUGCGCCUACCACGGCACCCUGCCCGUCGAUGCGGUCGUGCUGGAGGAGCUGGACCGCGCGGCCCCGGUGGGCGUUGGGAAUGUGAAGGUCGGCGGGAAUUACGCCCCGGUGUUGAAGUGGAGUGAUAAGGCGCGGAAGGAAGGGUUUGGGAUUACUCUGCACUUGGAUAGCAAGACGCGGAGUGAAAUCGAUGAGUUCAGUACCUCCGGGUUUGUGGGGAUCAAGUAUGGGGAGACGCCGGAAGCGUAUACCGUGGUGGUGCCCAAUAGUCAAUGUGUGAUCAAGAGUGUGACGAGUAUGAGUGUGGUGGAGCUGGCGAGGCAUUUGGGGUGGAAGGUCGAGGUGCGGCCGAUCCCCUUCGAUGAGCUGGCCUUCUUUGACGAGGUGCUGGCUGUCGGUACGGCGGCGAUGAUCACCUCCAUUCGCUCCAUCACCCACCGCUCCAGAAACCAGGUCUUCCACUACCAGACCAGCGACACGCCGGGUAGUGUCUGCGAGAAGCUGUCCACCAAGCUGAAGGCCAUCCAGAAGGGCGAUGCGGCGGAUCCCUUUGGCUGGUUGGGACCAGUCGUCAAUCCAGCGGCCAGAGAACAGACUCCGUCAGUGGCAGAGAGGGCGAAGGAGUCACAGGGUGAGACGGUGUCUGUCAACUAGAUUGCACUUAGCGUUGAUUUAGCAAUUCAUUUGUCUACCG